AUCUAAUAAUUUCAAAAUGAACUUCAACAAGAUCUUCGUGUUUGUUGCCCUCAUCCUGGCUAUUAGUUUGGGGCAAUCUGAAGCCGGUUGGCUGAAGAAAUUGGGCAAAAGAAUUGAACGCAUUGGCCAGCACACUCGGGAUGCCACCAUUCAGGGUCUGGGAAUUGCGCAACAAGCGGCCAAUGUGGCAGCCACCGCCAGAGGAUGAAAGUUCCAUCAAAGGAUGCUCCCAGGAUAACCUGCUUAAUUAUAAACACUUAUUUAUUUGCAAUCACAUUUAGAAAUAAACUAGCUUACAUCCCCGUAA